AUGCACGGUCAGCUUUAUUCUCCGUUCCUUAUUGUGUCAUGGGAUUUCCAGUUGGAUCCUUUGUCUCUGGCUCGGCUGUUCCCCGCAGUUCUCUCUCGGACGCAGAUUUUUCGACGACUUUCCUCUUUGUUGGGAAUGAUGAUCAACGUCUUCUCCUCCAUUCGCUCAACCUACCGCGCUGUCAGUGUGGCGAUUGAUGGAGAGAAUAUCUCCAAUGACAUGAGACGCAGUCUUGAGCUUGUGCGCACAUGCAACCAAGAUUUACAGGAGCUCAUUAGGCUCCGCAAUGAGCAUCUUGGUCUUCUUGAGAAACAACCGCAGACACUUGAGCGUCUCAACUCAAUCAUCGAAAAGGUACACAAUGGACUACUCGAGGCAUCUCGUAUUGUGGAAAAGUAUCGACCAGAGCUGCAUUCUGGGAAGAAAUCGCUACAAACUCAGAUAGCAUGGGCUCAUAGAGACUCUCGGGAAUUUCAGGCCUUGGGACCAACAAUGAGCCAGCACAAUGCGACAAUUCUGGCAGAGAUUAGCUUCCUUAGAAGCCUGACCAUCAUCACCACACAAAGCAAACCUGACGAUGCCAAGGAGAUUGAGAUUCUUGGCUCAGAUGACAAGACACUCUUUAACAACUUGGAGCUUCUACAAGACUUCAUGGGCGAUGUAGCAGGUACUUUGGUAGCCUCGCCAAGUAUAGUGUGUGUCAAGUUCUGA